UUUCAAGCACAAUCACAAACACACGUUAAAAAGAAAAAACAAAUUUACCACUUUCAAGUGUAACGCUACAAGCUACAAACGUGUAAGCAUGCACUUACACGACAGAGCAGCCAUAUCGUCCGUUCUCCCGGAAAAUAUUUUGUUCAUCGAAUGGAAUUCUCAAAUCGAAUACUUCACGUACAGUGAUGAUCUGAAAAUACACUCGUGGGAUGGCUCCGCCAAGGACAGUUCAGCCAAGACGAUCACGCUGAAUAAAGGCACUCACAUUUUGGAUAUAGACUGCAUGAAUAUCAGUCAGCAGAGCAUCGACCAACGCAAAAGAUCCAGUGAAAUGUUUGCCAUUGGAACAUCAGAUGGAAAAUGUUACAUAAUGCACAAGUCGGGCCGAACGGAGAGGGUUAUUGAUGCUCACAAAGGAGCAGUCAUGAAUGCCAAAUGGAAUCACGAUGGCACAAGCUUACUGACAUCAGGCGAAGAUGGCCAACUCAAGAUAUGGUCCAGAAGUGGAAUGCUGAGGAGUACGCACACACAAGCGGAUUCGCCCAUCUACUCGGCUGUCUGGUCCCCAUUCUCUACCGGUGUUCUCUACUCUUCCGGCAAACUGAUGACCAUCCAGUCCUUUGCAACCACCAGUAAGACUCUGCAGUGGAAAGCCCACGACAGCGUUGUCCUAGUGGUGGCCUGGAGUUCGAUAUCGCAUUUAAUCGCUAGCGGUAGUGAAGAUUGCCACUUUAAGAUUUGGGAUCCCGUGGGCCAGCUGUUGUUCAACAGCGACCCUCGACUCCAUCCCAUCACGUCGAUCGCCUGGUCGCCAGACGGAGCCUUCUGCGCUUUCACGACAUUUUCAUCCGUCUGCGUCUCAUCCGCUUACGGGAGCGAUAUUCUCGAGGGCUCUAUGGAGGGCGAUGGAAUUUCGAGCGUCUGUUGGUCACCGGAAGGAUCCCAGUUGGUGGUGGGGAAUUCGACUGGAAGAAUCCAAAUAUCUCAUCUGGUCAAAGGGGGGCUGACUUGGGGAAACUAUCACGUGACCAAGAUGGCUCCCAACACUCUGGAAUUGCGUGAUCAUUUCAACGAGACGGUCGAGCUGCUCGAAUUCAGAGACGACGUCCUCCUCUGGUCCUUCAACUACGGCCAUUUCCUGGUGGCCAGCCAGACGCAUUGCCUCAUCCACAAAGAGAACGGCUGGAACAGUCCCAUCACCGUCGAAUUGCGGGACAAGUGUCCGCAGUUCAUCAAACAAACGGAAAAAUAUUUCCUGAUAAUGGAUUGCGGCAUCCUAUACGUCUUCUCGUACGACGGAGCCCUGCAGGGAACGCCCAGGAUCUCCAAUCAGCGGCUGACGAUGCUGACGGCCGAUCACGUCACGGCCGCCAAAGAGGUGAUAGCCGCCCGUAGUCCCAGCGACGGCAAAUCGAUCCACUGCUGUCACUACCGCACCGGCAAGCCCGUCUACGGCGACAAGCCGCUGGCCCACAGCGGAGGACAAGUGACCAAGCUGGAACUGGAUCCCGGCUCACCGUCGGGGGAUCAGCUGUUGGCGUUCACGGACACGGCCCGCGACCUUCACCUGCUUUCAUUAUCGUCGGGCCUCAACCGAGUCCGUUCUUCUCUCAAAAUUGCUGGAGGUGUGACGUCGUUCGCCUGGAAUUGCGAUUGUUCCAUGCUGGUUAUGGUUAGAGAAGAGGAACUGUGUGUGGUGCCUUACCCGCCGGCCGUGCCCAACGAUCCAGCAUUACUCGAAAAGUUCACCAUUCGUCAAAACAUCCGAGAAUACGGAAAGCACGUUACGAUCGAGAGCUUUACCGGACACCAGGUGACGCUGCAGCGUGGCGAUGGGCUCACCUUUCCCGUCUACCUGUCGCCUUAUCCGUCCAAGUUGCAGCAAUUCGUGUCCAACGGCCAAUGGGAUAGCGCCCAGCGACUCUGCAGUUCCAUCAAGAUGGAAAUUCUGUGGGUCUGCCUGGCGGCCAUGGCCGUGCAUUAUAAGCAGUUGGACGCCGCCCAGGUAGCUUUCGCAGCCCUUCGUGAGACGGAUAAGAUCCUCUACGUCGACGCUAUCAAAAAGAUGAACAACGUGGCCAUGAUCAAGGCGGAGACGGCCCUCCUGCAGAACGGACGGACUGAAGCUGAAACUAUCCUGCUCCAGGCUGGACUGCCUCUCAAAGCCAUCAUGUUGAAUUUGCAGCUGUUCCAGUUCGAAAAAGCUUUAGAGCUGGCGGUCAAGCACGAUUCCAACAUCGACGUGGUGGUCGCCUAUCGGCGCAAAUACCUGGAGCAAUUCAGCUGGACCGAGACCAUUCCCCGCUUCAUCGAAUACGCCAAGAAAGUCGACAUAGACUGGGAUGCCAUUGAAGAAAAGCUCAUGGACGAAUGAUGAUGAUGAUGACCCUGGCAGAGUGUAGAAAUAAUUCCACCACCACCAAGAUUUACAUACCAACUUGACUCUGCUGAUGCCACUGCCCGUUGAUGGAGCGUUGCAUGCGCCAAAAGAAUAGACAAACCACGCAGGCUCAUUUUCUGACGAGUCACGAGUAUUUACAUGCAACAAUACAAACGUUUGUGUGUGUGUGUAGUUUCUCCUACAACACAGAACCCAA